AUGGCUCAUGACAACAAAAAAAGGAGGGUUCUUCCCUUCUCCAAGGGUAAACUGAUUAAUUGCAAUACAUCAUUGAGUGCAUCUCAGCAAGCACCAGCUUUUUUUGCCAUUAAAGAAAAUUCUAUCUGUGUAUACAAUCUCCAUGGACCUGACUCAGAAGAGAAGAUGAAUACGAUGAAAGGUGUUUUGGAAGCUACAAAAACUCAACAGAGAAAGAAAUUGACUCAAAGUGGAACUCUGCCUAAUGGUUUGAACAAUUUGUUGGAAGGUUUGUGUAGUUUAGUGAUGCAUGAGUGGCGCCAUUUGCGGCUUAUUUCACUGUCCAGAAUGUGCCUUAGCGCGUUUUUCCCAGGACUUCUUGCUUCCAUCACUGGAAAGGAUGUGUUGUUGUCGCAGUGUUUAAAAUCAUUCCUAGCUAGCUACAUUGAAAAUGUACUAAGAGAGAGGAUGUGGUGGGAUAAGACGAAAGUGAGGGACAAGGAAGGAACCUGCUGCUACAUAAAUAAGAAACGUUUGGGACUGAACAAGUGA